AUGGCCAAAGUCGAGCGGAGCAAUGGGCAGGACGUGCAGAACAGGACGGAUCUUGGUAAAUAUGGGACAGAGUUGGAGGUGAAUGGAAACGGGGUCGAAGAGAGUCCAGUGGACCGGUACGGCUUCACCGGGGGGUCCCAGCAGAACUCAGCACAAAGUGUUGAGGAGGUCCCCAUCGAGGUGCUGAGGCUGCGAGAGGCUAAAUGGCUGGACAUGCUGAGCAACUGGGACAAGUGGAUGUCCAAGAAGCACAAGAAGAUAAAGGAGCGCUGUCAGAAGGGGAUCCCGCUGUCGCUGCGGGGCAGAGCCUGGCUCUAUCUCUCUGGGGGAAAAGUAAAAAGGGAACAAAACAAAGGGAAAUUUCAGGAACUGGACGAGCAGCCGGGCGAUCCCAAGUGGGUCGACGUCAUUGAGAGAGACCUCCACCGACAGUUUCCAUUCCACCAGAUGUUCUCCGCACGAGGGGGCCAUGGGCAGCAGGAUUUGCUCCGGGUGCUGAAGGCGUACACUCUGCACAGACCUGAGGAGGGCUACUGUCAGGCUCAGGCUCCAGUCGCUGCUGUGCUCCUGAUGCACAUGCCCGCUGAGGAUGCAUUUUGGGUCCUGGUUCAGAUCUGUGAGAAGUAUCUCCCAGGUUACUACAGCAAAGGCUUGGAGGCGCUGCAGCUGGACGGGGAGAUCCUCCACGCUCUGCUGAAGAAGGUGUGUCCUGCGGCUCACAGACACCUGGAGCUGCAGAAGCUGGGCCCCGUCCUCUACAUGACAGAGUGGUUCAUGUGUGCCUUCUCCAGGACCCUGCCCUGGGCCUCUGUCCUGAGGGUCUGGGACAUGUUCCUCUGUGAAGGAGUGAAGAUUUUGUUCCGCGUGGGCUUGGUUCUUCUGAGGUGCACGCUGGGAUCCCCGCACAAACUGAAGGCGUGUCCAGGCCUCUACGAAACCAUGCAGCUGCUCAAAGACAUCCCACCACAGUACAUGCAGGAGGGCUUCCUCGUCAACCAGGUGCUUGAGCUGUCGGUGUCUGAGAAGGAGAUCGAGAAGGAGCACAGGGCUCAGCUGCGGAGGUGGAUGGAGUCUCGAGGAGAGCUGCUCUGUCAGUCACCUCCCAGAAUGCACGGCGCCAGGGCAGUCAUGGCCACGGAGCCUCACAGCCGCCAGGACCUGAAGGAGAGGCCCACCAUCAUCGUGGAGUCUCCCAUCACCGCUGCCACACCGACGGAGGAGAAACGCAACAAGAGGAGGUCCAAGAAGGAGAAGGAAGAACCAUCCAAGAAGGAGGUGGAGAGAGAGGAAGUAGCAGAGAGGGAGGAAGAGAGAGAGGAGGAUGAGAGCUCUAACCUCAGAGCUCACACAGAGCAGAACUCUAACCUCAGCCUCAGCAGCACAGAGCAGGACACAUACCUGUAG